AUGACUACAAGUGCUAAGAGCGAUAUCAUUGAAGAAUAUGAAAAAAUCAAGAAAGCAGAGUGCGAUCGAAUGUCGUUACGACAGAAUAUGGCUUCAAAGAAAAUUCUUUCAGCUGAUCGUGUCGAGGAUUUGCUUUGUUUCCCUGUUGAUUUUCAAGAAAACUUACGAAAAACAGAUCGUAUUUACAUGACCGAUGACAAUAGACGAUUACUGUUAAUUAGAGAAUAUAAUAAUAUGGGAGAUUCGAAAUCUGUGAAGCUCGUUUUUUAA